UCAAGACGCUGAGGAUUGGGCUGUUCAUUACGUGGAGUUUUACAGACGACCGGGCCACCAUGAAUGAAGGAUAAGCACUGGAUAAGGACAGAGAUAAGGUGAGGAUAAGUGUCUGUGAGAGGCCGUCAUGGAUUCUUUGCGAUCCACAGCCGAUUUCCGGAGACAGCGCGACCUAUUCGUUCAGAGCAUUCAGAGAGACAUCAAUUGCCUAACGGACCAGGACCGGAGGACAAGAUUUCGUGCACUCGAGAAGUUGUCUCGCCGUCUGACGUUCGAUAGAGGUUCGGCAGCCAGCGAACCACUUCCGGAGCUGGUGACCGUGGUUUGGGUUGAAGUUGUUCUUCCUGCCGUUGUGCGGGUGAUUGGCGACGAAGUGGAAAAGUGUCGGGAGUUGGCGAUCCGAGUGAUAGUCGAUGUGAGCAAAUGUUUGUCUCAGGUGGAUGCAACCCUUGCGGCAAUUGCACCAAAGAUUCAGACAAGGAUAGGCUGUGUGCCAACCAUUGAGCCCUCAGAGGAGCUGAGGCUACAGAUGGUCACUCUCCUUGGGGAUGAGCUUUUGCGCAAAUGCUCUCCAGGUCCCAUAGCAGAAGUGGCUGAAUCCAUUAUUAAGGUGCUUUGCCAAUCAUUAGCGGACCCAUUCCAUGAGAUAAGGAAAGCCACAUGCCGUGCUGUCGCUGUUUUGGCCCAAAGAGCGCCGACAGUGGCCAAAAAUGGAGCUGGCACUCUUCUAAAGGCACUGCUCCCGAGCACUAGGCAUCAGCACUCGCGGGUCAGAUUGGCCAGCCUUCAGGCUAUUGAUGCUGUUGUACGGUGUGGCCUGCCGGCAGGAAUGGUUGACGAGACCUUAGCUCCAGGAGUCAGACACUUGGCACUUGACAAAGCAGCUAAUGUACGCGAGUGCCUGUUUGUGUCUGUCGCAAGAUGGCUCGGCUUUGAUGCCGAACAGUCGCAGACGGAUGAGUGUUCUGCACAACUUGCAGGGCCGGUUUUGGAGGCUGGCAGGCCAACAACCAACACAGAGAACCCGGAGGAGGAGGAGGAGCAAACAAUGGAUGCAGAGUACGAUUAUGAGGAUGACACUUGGGGAACAAGAGCGAAGUCUACCUCGCCAGCAGUGGAUAUGACAGCCACUGAUUCGCUUCAAGCGGAUGUGGCGCCAACGGCAUACAUUCCCCAUCUCUCACCGUUGCUUUUGCUUGGCAUAACGGACGAGGACCCGGAGAUCAGAGUAACAACGCUGGCGCUGCUACAGGGUGUCGGGGACGUCUAUAUGAGCAGCAGAGAAUCACCAAAAGGUGAUCAGAAAACAGAAGAUGAUUCCAUAGCAUGUGCAAAUGCCAUGGAAACGAGUACCAUGUCUGGAGCAGAAGAAGUGGGUACCAUGUCUGGAGCAGAAGUGGGUACUAUGUGUGGCGCAGAAGUGGGUACUAGGUGUGGCACAGAAGUGGGUACUAGGUGUGGCGCAGAAGUGGGUACUAGGCGUGGAACAGAAGUGGAGAAUAGCACCAAGGGAAGCAGAGAGGCUAAUGGUUGUCAUGACAUGGAGGAGGUUGUACAAAAAGACGAAGAUGCUGUGGAAUGUCAUGCCACCCUGCCAGAGCCGUUUACAGGAAGACAACUAUCGAAGGGUUGCAGAAAAGUGGUGCAGGACUUCUUGCAGCCGCUUCUGGAACCAGCGCUCAAAGACAUGAAGGAGUGGUUGCUCCCUUCAAGGAUAGCAGGUGCACGGUUGCUCAGCACUGUGUUGGCCUUGGCUGAGUCGCAUGCCACAGAACACUUGGACAUAUUGUUGCCUGCCUUAUGCAGUGCUACAGGAGAUGAUGACGUGGUCGUGGCGCAGAGAGUGGUCUCUUGCCUGCACAUCCUUGGGCAGGUGUGUGAUGUCAGUUCUUGGCUGCCGCUAUUGAUCGACUUGAUUCUGGCAUCGCGUAACAGCCCUCCACAGCGUGUCAAUGCUCUUGUGGCGUUGGGAUGUCUUCUGAAAGUGACGACUCCUUCUAGAAUGCCUCCUUCAGCAAUCCGCGAUCUCUGUGCUGUUCUGGCCAGUGAGGAGGUUCGCUGUUCUGAUUACCCACCUGUGAGGGUGCAGAUGGUGGUGGUGAUACACAAUCUCAUCCGUGUUGGUCAGAAGCGCUGUGAGGAUGUCGCCCUGCAACUUCUGACAUGCUUGCUUCAGGUUCAGGCUGUGGAUGACGACGUCGCUGUUCAGAAGGGCGUCAACACAGCAAUUUCAAAGCUAGCAGCUGAGCUCGAUCUAGGAUCGGCGAGUGAGCUUUAUGCUCAACACAUCAGUUCGUUGAUCCAAAUGGCCGUCGAGGGGAACUUGGAGUGGACCGGGUCUUCGUAUGGGAAAGCACUGUUUGUGAACAUCCUUAAGGGUGCAGGAGCAGCAGUGGGAAGUCAUCUUGAGGCUUUAAUGGGUGUGUUUUCCAGCUGCUUACGGCCACAAAGAGACCCGUCGUUGCGAAUCAGUCUUCUCCAGGUUCUUGAUGAGCUCCUAGAGAGUCCGGAUCUGAGAUCCGCAUGGGAACCUCUGGCGUUCAGAGUUAUCACGGAGUUGUUGCUCCCCUGUGGCAUUUGGCAGGUUGGAAAGGUCGCCGCGGCGAUCCGCCAUGCUACUAUGGUGGCACUUGGAACAGUAUUGCGCCGUGGACUAUGUCAAGUCGACGACUUGGUUGGUGCUUUCCGUUGUGGUCAGCUACUGCCUGUUGUCAAAUCGUGUCUGGACGAAGACUACUAUGCGGAUACACGCCGUGCAGCAUGCCAUGUGAUGAAGAACAUUCUUCGCAUCGCAGGCGAUGUGCUGAACGACGAGGAAAGGAGGGAGAUUUAUCCGCAGCUCCUGAAGCGUAUGGAUGACAACAAUGAUAAGAUCCGAUUGGAUAAUACGCAAUCAGUCCGCGUCUUCUUUGAAAAGAUGCCGUCUUCAUACGAUGACACAAAUGCAAGAUAUUUCUUGGAGGCAUUGAUUAUACACAUGGAUGAUGCAGAGAAGGAGAUACAGGAGGCUGUGUGCAGUGCAGUUGAGAUUGCCGCAAGAAAGAAACCGGCUAUGGUAACUGAACUUGUGAGAUUGGCACGGUCAAAUCAUCGGUCCCCGUUCUACUGCGAUCGCAUUCUUGCAAUCACAGGGGCACUAGAGCAGCAGGGUUGCAGUUGAUUCUCAGCUGAAUAAAUUCUGAACACCGGA